GGUAAUGCCCGCGUUGUGGCGGGUAGUUGGAGCCGGCAAAGCUCGCGCGGCGGCGGCGGCGCGGGCACCGCGGGCAGCCCGGGCACGGCCGCUCCGUGAGCUCCGGGCACGGCGGGGGCGCCGCCGGGCGGUGAUGGCGAGCAGCGGGCUGCUGGCCCGCCUGCUGGCCGCCGCCAGCCUCGCCCUCAGCCUGGCCCCCGAGGCGGCGGGGCCGCGGGAGAGCCCCGGGCUCUCGCGGCUGCAGAGGAGGAACCUGGCGGUGGACUUCGUCGUGCCCUCGCUGUUCCGCACCUACGUGCGGGAGCUGCUGCCGCUGGGGCCGCCCGGGCGCGCCGCGGCGCGGGGCCGCCUGCUGCUGGACUGCGCCCCCCUGCUCCGAGCCGCCCGAGGAGGGCAGCCCCCGGCCUCGCCGCUCGCCUCCCCCGGAGGGUCGCCCGGAGCCGGGCGGCGGCUGCGGAGAGCCAAGCAGCUGGUGCUGGAGGUGGGCGAGGGCAGCCUGCGGGACGGCUGCGCCGCCGAGCCGCCGCCGGGCUCCGGCGGGGCCCAGCUGGAGUUCAACGUCACCGAGCUCUUCGCCUGGUGGCUCCGCGCCGGCUCCGGGCGGCUCCGGGUGCGGGUGAUGCCCGAGCGCCGCGGGGCAGCGCCGGGCAGCGAGCGGGGGCUCUCGGCGGCCAUCCGCGCCGCCCGCCCCCGCCUCCUCUUCCACGUCUCGGCGGCAGGUCUGAGCAGUCCGGAUCUCCCAACAAACAGCCCUCAUCUUCCCCCCGGUCUCUCUGCUUGGAACUUGACCUGGGUCAUGAGAGAUACAUCUCCUUUCUUCUCCCAUAGAGGACGACACAUAUUUGAUUGCAAUUUUGAAUCUCCUUGUGAGCUGGAAUAUUCAUUUUCAUCAAAAGAUCAGGAAGCCCCCAACAAAGCCUGGCUGAGAGUGAGUGCAGAGGAUAUCUCACAGCUAAACAUCCCAGAUGUGCCAGAGAGAGAUCACUCCGAGAAUACGCCAAAAGGUUCAUUCCUGUUCCUCAAUGAGUCCAGGAGUCCAAGCCCUGUCAUCCUGAGCCCUUGGCUGAGAAGCAGCAACAACCAAUGCAUAGUUCAAGUGGCUGUUUAUAAAUUUUUCCAGCAACAUGGAGAAUAUAUUGCUCGGGUCCUUCCCAUUGAUGAAAGCAGCAGUGAAAUCUUGUCAGUGCAGAAUCCAGAGAAACAUGGAUGGGUACUGCUUCAAAGGAGAGUUGGACAUCUAGAGAAACCGUUUCGGAUCUCACUGGAGUAUGUUGCUCAUGGGAACAAGAGCAUAGCGGCCGUGGAUUCCUUUGCAAUAAAGAACUGCAGCACAGGAUCUGCUUCUGUAUCAAAAAUGGCUCUGGAGGGUUCUUUCAUCUGCUGGAAUGGUACAUCGAUCAGGCUGGGCCAGGCAUGUGACUUCAUCAGAGACUGCCUUGAGGGAGAAGAUGAGGGAGAUAUGUGCAAAAAUCUUCCCCCUGGCUUUUACUGUUCAUUUGAAGAAGGGGACUGUGGCUGGAUACACAGCUCAUCAGCAUCCCGUGCUUCUCCAUGGCGAAUUGGAAGUCCAGACUAUGAUCGCUUUCCUUCAAUAGAAGGUUGUGGGCUGAUCUUUGACACCAGCAAAGCACCAGCAGCGGCAAACACUGCAAUAACCAGCACUGCAUUUCCAGCUCCUUUGAGGAACUCCCCCUGUGAGCUACGAAUGUCAUGGCUCAUCCAUGGUGUCUUGCUGGGAAAUAUAUCCUUGGUGCUGGUUGAGAACAAGACAGGAAAGGAGCAGAGCAGGACAUUAUGGCAUUCAGCUAACAGCAAAGGUUUGGGAAUAUGGCAGUGGUUGAUCUUACCUCUCCCAGAUAUACUGGAUAGGUUUUGGUUUCAGAUCAUUGCUUCAUGGGAAGAAGGAUCUGAUGCCAUUAUUGCUUUUGACAAUGUCUCCCUUAGUCUGGAUUGUUAUUUAACAAUCAAUGGAGAGAAGAUACCUCGAAGUACUACCCCAGACUCAAGCAAUUUGCUCACUAGUAGAGGUGGCAAGAAAAAGUUUGGAUGGGAACAAAAGCUUCUGGGAAAUCUCCAACUCAGCACUGCCCCCAUUUCUGGUCCAGCAGAUCACUGGCUAUUCACAACAUGUGGUGCCAGUGGACCCUAUGGCCCCACACAGAGCCAAUGCAAUAAUGCCUACAGGAACUCAAACCUCAGUGUGGUCGUAGGAGCUGAAGGGAUUCUCCAAGGCAUUCAGAUCUGGAGAGUACCAGCAACCAACACGUACAGCAUCUCAGGCUAUGGAGCAGCUGGUGGGAAAGGAGGGAAGAACACUAUGGUGAGGUCCCAUGGUGUGUCUGUACUGGGAAUAUUUGACCUCCAGAAGGAUGAUACUUUGUACAUCUUGGUGGGACAGCAAGGAGAAGAUGCUUGUCCUAGUACUAAUGACGUUAUUCAGAAAGUCUGUAUUGGAGAAAACAAUGUGAUUGAAGAAGAGAUACGUGUAAACAGAAGUGUCAAUGAAUGGGCAGGAGGAGGUGGAGGUGGGGGCGGAGCAACUUAUAUAUUUAAGAUGGAGAAUGGAGAACCAGUCCCCUUGAUAAUUGCAGCAGGCGGUGGUGGCAGGGCCUACAGGGCCAAAACUGACACAUUUCAUCCAGAAAGGCUGGAGAAUGAUUCCUCUGUUCCAGGGCUGAAUGGAAAUUCAGGAGCUGCAGGUGGUGGAGGUGGCUGGAAUGAUAACACUUCCUUCCUGUGGUCAGGAAAAUCCUUGCUAGAAGGUGCUACUGGAGGAAGAUCCUGCCCCCAGGCCAUGAAGAAGUGGGGGUGGGAGACAAGAGGGGGUUUCGGAGGGGGUGGAGGGGGGUGCUCCUCAGGUGGAGGAGGCGGAGGAUAUAUAGGUGGAAAUGCUGCAGAGGACAAUGACCCAGAGAUGGAUGGGGAGGAUGGUGUGUCCUUUAUUAAUCCAAUUGGUACUUUAUACACUCCAGCACUUAAAGUGACAGAGGGGCAUGGAGAGGUUGAUAUUAGGCUGCACCUUAACUGCAGUCACUGUGAGAUGGACGAGUGCCGUGUUGAUCCUGAGACUCAAAAAGUCAUUUGCUUUUGUGAGCCGGGCACAGAAUUGGCUGAGGACGGUGUGUCUUGUGUAGCUGAACCAGUGGUUCAUCUCCCUCUCUCCUUGGUCUUGUCUGUAGUGACUUCAGCAUUGGUUGCUGCCUUAAUUUUGGCUUUUUCAGGAAUCAUGAUUGUAUAUCGUCGGAAACACCAGGAACUACAAGCCAUGCAGAUGGAAUUACAGAGCCCAGAAUAUAAACUAAGCAAGCUGCGUACCUCCACUAUUAUGACAGACUAUAAUCCCAACUACUGCUUUGCAGGAAAGACCACAUCCAUUAGUGACCUCAAAGAGGUGCCUCGCAAAAACAUCUCCCUCAUCCGGGGUUUGGGCCACGGAGCCUUUGGUGAGGUAUAUGAAGGUCAGGUGGCAGGGAUCCCCAGCGACCCCACUCCCUUGCAGGUGGCUGUGAAAACGUUGCCAGAAGUGUGUUCAGAGCAAGAUGAGCUGGACUUCCUCAUGGAAGCUCUCAUUAUUAGCAAGUUCAAUCAUCAGAAUAUUGUGCGCUGUAUUGGAGUGAGCUUGCAGGCACUGCCCCGUUUCAUCCUGCUAGAGCUUAUGGCUGGAGGCGACCUGAAAUCGUUCCUGAGAGAGACACGGCCUAGACCGAACCAGCCUUCCUCCCUCUCCAUGCUGGACUUGCUCCAUGUGGCUCGUGACAUUGCUUGUGGGUGUCAGUACCUGGAGGAGAACCACUUCAUUCACAGGGAUAUUGCUGCCAGGAACUGCCUCCUUACCUGCCGAGGGCCUGGAAGAGUGGCUAAAAUUGGAGACUUUGGCAUGGCCCGGGAUAUAUACAGAGCCAGCUACUAUCGGAAGGGUGGGUGUGCAAUGUUGCCUGUCAAAUGGAUGCCUCCCGAGGCUUUCAUGGAAGGGAUAUUUACAUCAAAAACAGACACAUGGUCCUUUGGUGUACUGCUCUGGGAGAUAUUCUCUUUGGGAUACAUGCCCUACCCUAGCAAAAGUAACCAAGAGGUUCUGGAAUUUGUAACCAAUGGAGGAAGGAUGGAUCCGCCUAAAAACUGCCCUGGCCCUGUGUAUCGCAUUAUGACCCAGUGCUGGCAGCACCAGCCUGAAGACAGGCCAAACUUUGCCAUAAUACUGGAGAGGAUCGAGUACUGCACUCAGGAUCCAGAUGUCAUCAACACUGCUUUGCCAGUAGAAUAUGGCCCGUCAGUUGAAGAGGAAGAGAAGGUAGCGAUACACCCAGAAGACCCAGAAGGAAUUCCUCCUCUCUUGGUUUCUGCACACCAAGACAGAAAAGAUGACAAGCAAACUCUGCCAUCUCCACCACCCCUGCCAUCAGCCAUCACUGCUGGAAAAGCUUUAGGGAAAGCGGGAGCCUUGGAACCGCCAGUCCCUGGGAAGGUGCAGUCAGCUUCAGCUGGGGGACAUAUCAACAUGGCCUACACCCAGUCCAACCCCCCUUCUGAGCUGCACAAAGGCCGGGGCUCCAGAAACAAGCCCACCAACCUCUGGAAUCCAACCUAUGGUUCCUGGUUUGCGGAGAAGCAGGCCAGCAGAAACAAUCCUCUGCUGGAGAAAGAGAUGCCUGAGAGGGAGAAUUUGGGACACGAAGGAAACUGUACUGUGGGGCCCAACAUUGUGACUGGCAGGCUACCAGGCUCCUCCCUGCUAUUAGAGCCAUCUUCCCUAACAGCAAGUGUUAAAGAAGUGCCUCUCUUUAGGCUCCGUCACUUCCCCUGUGGGAAUGUCAACUACGGAUACCAACAGCAGGGCUUACCUUUGGAAGCCUCCACGCCACCUUGUGCUAGCAGUUACGAGGACCCCGCCCUUAGAAACAAGAGCCACAUAACCCAGCAUGGGCCUUGAGAGCCCUCUACCCUCUUGACUUUUCCACCUGUGGCCCCAAGCCUUGAGGAGAUGUCCUGUUACCCAGUACGCCACAAGCAAGGGACGUGACAGCAUUACCUUCUAUUUGUGCCAACUUGCUCCAAAAGUGCCACCUUCAAAGCUGUAAUUUCAAAUAACCCAAGAGGCUUCAAAUCACCAGAGCCCCAGUACAGUAAAAGAAACAAGGGGGAGGGCGGGAAGAGAAAGGAAACAAAUGUUAACUGCGAGGCCCAGCUUCCUAUCGCAUUAACUCAUACGCAUGGUUGUUGUCAUGCCCUUCCUGUGAGCUUUUCUUAGUUGUGCAUUCUCUGCUUAAGCGUAAAGCCACAGCUCACUGCCUUGAGUGUUUCAGGUCUGGGAUUUUCCGUGCCAAACUUGUUGUUGCUAAAGAAUGCUUGGAGAGCACCUGCAGCUGGCAGAGGUUUUAGUGGGUUUGGGUAGAGAGCAUCCUUCAUCCAAAGUGAGAAAGGAGACAACUUUGGUGACACAAUGGCACUUUCCCAAGUUGUGCUCCAGCUCCAGCCUAGUUGUUGAAAGUCCUUGAAUGUAUAGUAGUUAUGGUGGGAUAGCAGGGCAAUAGAAAGCCUGGUCGUACUGAAUUGCUUGAAAGAAGCAACAGGAAGCAUAGAGGACGGGUGAGAUGCUGUGAGGCAUUGUGGUUUGGUGGGGGCGGUUGUUGGUUUUCUCUGUGUUGUUUGUUUUUCUCCUGUGCUUAAGCGCUAAAACUGAGUAAAUCCCUGUAAAAUUCCUUCUGGCCUACAGAAGUAGGAAUGUCCUUCAUCACAACUUGUGCAUGUCACAUGGAACCGAAGUGAAGCUUUAAAGGACCAUGAUUAUGACAGAAACUUCAGCUGUGCCCUGAAAAUGGACAGCCAUCUGCAUAUCUCAGAGGUUUAAAGUAGCCUUUCACAUACCGUGUACAAGCAAGAACAACACAAAGGCUGUUGACAUUGUGCCGCAAUCCAGAUGCCAGAUACUGUUUGUAUUUGAAGGGUUUAGAGCCCUUGUUUUUUAACAAAAUAUGUGUAUGAUCGUGAUUUAAAAGCAAACACUGUAUUGAUUCAUUUGUACACCUUGUGCAUGAAAAACAUUCCAGUAACUGUAUUGUCAAAACAUAGAUGUAGGAAAUGAUUCAUGUGUAAAGAUGUGCGUUAGUAACUUUAACUCACAGGUGCACGGAGCUGUUAUAGCACUAAUGAAAAUUAUCUGAAAAGAAGGUGCCUAUUUCUAUAGAAAUGAGUCUUCUGAGGCAUCAGCAAAGGAACAUGAAGGUGUUCUUCAGGCCAAGACUCUGCCUUCAGUGAAGUAAUUCUGAAUCUGGCCCUGGCUCCAAAUAUUGAGGUAAGCUUUCUGUCUGCUUAAGCAAACCAACCAGUAUCUGCGUUUACAUGCCGUUAACCUUUGAGAUAUGCAGCUGGCAAUCAGAGGGCUUGGUUUGGGACACCGCCCUUGUAAAAAAAAAAAUAAAAAAAGUAAUUGGGGGUAAGGGAGGAGCACAGAGAGAAGUAGUGUUCUCUCCUAACCUGCUUUUCUCACAUCUCUGGUAUGUAGAACUAUUUUAUUUCUUUGCAAUAAUGCCAAAUUGUGCGUAGUAGUCAGUUAAUGGAGAUGUGCUCUUGUGUUGACAAGCUUGAGUGAGGAGCUGCCAGUGAUCCAUUGCACCGCUGCUGCAUGAGCUUGGUGGUGAUAACUAAGGUUACCUUUGGGUGUUCUGCUGCUGUAUGCGGGCUGCUUUAGCUUGAAUUAAGAAAAUAUUUGUGAUUGGUGAGGUCGCUAUGUUUGUAGUUCUAUUCAUGCCGCUAGCCACUGGAGAAGGAGUCUGUCUAGCUUAAGACUGUGUUAGUGUCUCACUGGCCACUCUUUCUACCUCAGUAAAGUCAAUGAGGUAGGUUUGUGGAGUCUCAGGAAAGCUGAUUAAUUCAGCAGGUAAGCACUAUCAGAGAAUUUUCUUGCACCACAAUAUUAUUCACAUAUAAUAGCAAUUUUCAUUUGAAUAUUCUUGCUUUCUCAUUUUCAAAUGGGUUGCAGCUCCUCAUUGUUUUCUGUAGCUCAUCUUUGCAUAGAAGUAGAGUUUUUGCUGUCCUGCCUCUUACGUGUGACUGAGGACAGAAUCUGAACUGUGUACUGACGGGUAUUCUUACAGAAUACACAAGAACAAAAACAUUGAAAGUUAAUGAUCUUUGUUGAGUUGAAAUUACUCUUAUAUCUGAGGCAGCAGCUCUGCUGCUGCAGAAAUGCAGAUAACCUACCAGGUUAUGAUGUAGCAUUCUUAGAGAAGCUUAAAAGAACAAGCAGCAAAAUGUGAUGCAUGCUUAAGGAGCAUGCUUUCUCCAGCCAUGGUGAUAGCAUGUGUACUACGCUGCUGUUUGUGAUGUGCAGUUACAUUAUCAUAAAAGUUUGAACAAAAUAGUCUCACAGAGUGAACAUUGUAAAUGAUGAAGGAGCACGUUACUGCUUCUUACCUAUGCAAUAUGUGAGGAAGAUAACUGGUCAGGCAAAAUGGUGAAUUACUACUGAAAUUCUCCAGUCCAUUGGGUAUGGUUCUUGCACUAGCAGUAGGCUUUAAGUAAGCUUCCUUUGUGUCUCCAAAGUGAAAUGCUUUUUUUGGUUGUUUUUAUUUUGUUGUUGGCUUUGGUGUUUUCUGUUGUUGUUGUGUAUUUUUUUUUAAAAAAAAAAAAAAAACCCUCCCCUGCCUCUUAACACUUGAAAUGCAGAGGACUUUAGAACUCCAGUUUGUACUUUUUUAAUGUAAAAAAACAUCUCUGAGCUCGCCCACAGUGAGCAUUUAGUUUUGUGUACCAGGUUGCUGUCUAAGCUCCAAGCCCCAGUUUACACAAACUGCUCUGUAAGCACUGAUGCUGAUCAAAAUGCGAUACUCAGAAACAAAGUUUGGAGAUUUUGCAUGUCUCGUUUCUUAGAAUCAAUGACAAAUUAUUUCUAUGAAUUAAUUGACUGGACCAAAGGGUUCUCUCCCACUUCCAUGCAGGCUGCGUCAAUGACAGUUUCCUGGUCACUCUCUGAUUGCAUUAACUUCAAACGAAUGAAUGUAUGUCCUGUUGCUGAAAUCAUUCCAGGAUUUCAGUAUUAAAACACCAUUUUAUUUAUAUCAACCACUGGGAUGUUGUAAAGAAAGCUUUCCUUAAUAAUAAACCCAGUUUCCUCUAUUGCUAAGUUAGCAACUCGAACUUCACUUUUCAUUGCUGUCCCACCCAAAAUUAUCUGAAGGGCUGUGACAGGAAUUACCUGUCUAUGAAGUCCUGCUUCAUGUAGCAGUACACAUGCGGUAGCUGCAGUUACCCUGCAGUUAUACCCUGGGUUGAAGAAUUACCAGCAGGAGUUCGUCCAGAGAGGUAGGAAAAAAAAUAACUGUCUUUUCCAGGCAGAGGUUGGGGGGAGCUAGCAGAUGAUGUUUUAGACGUAAUGGACUCCGUUUGUCUGUAAGGAGCUGAGUAACUUGUUGUAGUUGUUAAUGAUGAGACAGUACCUUAAAUUAUGUACAAGAAGAUAUCUAAUAGAAUUUAUUAUAGCAUUUCUGUUAUAACUGGAAGCAGUCAUUGUCCACGUCUAUAUUUCACUUUCUACCAGUUUGGCUCUCUAGCCUGUUUCUUUUGGAUGUGAAGCACUAGCAAAAGCAUUUUGUCCAGUCAAUUAUUUGAGGUACAAAUACCAAAUUUCUGUGUCUGGGAAGAUACACCUGAUCAGUUCUGAAAGCUCCAGUGAGCCAUGGGCUUAAGUUACAGACCAAAGAGCACCCCAGCAUGUGUAAAUCCCCUUCUUAAACCCUUCCACACUAGGCUUACAGUAUUGUAGAAGAAACAGUUGAAGUCAUUUACAAUCUCUUACAAAAUUUUGUCUGUUGUUUUUUAAUUGUUAGUACAAUUUAUUGAGACAACAUAAAUUGUAAAAUGUAAAAGCAAGUACAGAACUUGCUUUUAAACUGUUAAACUUUUUCAUUUUUAAUAUUUAAAUUCCAGUCUUAUGUAUAUUCCUCAUGCUGCAGUGGAAAAGCAGGAAGCAGUACGAUCUACAGGAUAUAAAGAACGAAUACGAAAAUCCUGUGCUACCACUCUCAUACUCUGAAAACAACUUGUUUCCUUGUAGAUGUUAUCUGUUUCCUGUAGAUGUUAGGUAGAUUUUCUGACUCUGUGCUGAUUUGUAAGCUGCUGAAGGUAAAGUAGGUUAGGAUGCCUGUUUAUCUACCUUUCCAGUUGUGCUUUCAUCUUUGUUUUUACUACUGAACCUUGCUUCUGUAUCACGUGCUUGGAAAUGAAGCAAAGGCCAGAAGUCUGGUUGUUCUGCUUCCUCAAGGAACAGUAGAAGGAGUGGUGGCAAGAGAGGGACUUUGCUGUAUCAGGGAAGGGAGGUCAGGUACCACAGACUAAAAGCUCAAAAUCUGCGUAAAUUUGGCUGAGUCACAUCUUUCAGUGGUGUAAUGUCACUGGUCCACUUGCUUCACUUCACUCCUGUGUGUUCACAAAAGGACAAAGGCUCAGUGUGAGAGUAACUGCAGCACCACUGGGCACAAAUGUUUAGACAAGAGGUAAGAGGUCUGAAAUAGAAUAUGAAGGAUUGAUUUUUGCACGUUUGCUCCUCUUACUGAGCCUGUCUUUUUGGGGACAAGAACUUUGACAUAGGAAUAACAUAAAACAGCCUUUAACAGCUGCAAAGACAUCACAAAGCAUCUGUCCCAAAGUUAAACCCAUCACAGGAAAUUGCCUGAAUUGUCUGCACCUGGCUUCUUCUAGUAACAAAGCUUCAUUAUAGGAAUGUCUGUCUCAUGUACAGUAGUUUAUGCAACACUGUUGAUAAAGGAAGGGCCUAUGCACUUCAGGGAUACUAUGAAGAAAAAUACUACCAUAUGGUCAUUGAGUAUUUUGUAUUGAAUAGUGUAUUUGUAUUGUAAACAAGUGUAGUGAACCAAAAAGGCAUGAAGACAAAUAAAAUGACUGUAAAUGGCU